GUCAAAAUAAGAUUCUAUUUUGCAUUGGGAAAAGCAAACUUAUGAAAUUCAUGUUCAAAUUCGUCUCUUGAGAUUUCAGAAAUUUCUUUGAUUUUGAAGAUGACAACUGAACAACUACUUCUAAGUAUCGAUCCUUUGGAUCUCAAAUUUACGCUUGAACUCAACAAGUCAAUUUCCACCUCUUUUCAACUCAUCAAUAAGACUGAUAAUCAUGUUGCUUUCAAGGUAAAGACGACCAAUCCCAGGAAGUAUACUGUUAGGCCGAACAGUGGAAUUGUUCUCCCACGAUCAAGGUCCAAUGUUACAGUUACGAUGCAACCUCAAAUGGAGUUACCUCCAGAUAUGCAAUGCAAAGACAAGUUUCUUGUACAGAGUGUGAUUGUGGACCCUGGGUCUACACCAAAAGAUAUUAACCCAGACAUGUUCAACAAGCCCGGGGGAAAUGAUGUUGAGGAAUGCAAACUAAAAGUUAUUUAUGUCUCACCACCACGAAAACCAUCACCAGUCCCUGAAGAUUCUGAGGAAGGAACUUCACCAACAGCUUCUGACACUGAUUUACAAGAACACAGUGAGCCUCAGGACAACUCUGUUAAGGCCAGAGAUCUCAUUUUGAGGUUGAUGGAAGAGAGAGAUUCCAUUCUUCGACAAAAUGCCAAGCUCAACCGAGACCUGUGAGUCAGCUGAGGUGCUUGUAGCAUCACCGUCAAUAACCUGCAUUCAUCCAUAAUAGUAGAGUAAGUGUCAUUAUUUUUAAGGAGUAGAUUAAUUACCUCUAAGGAGUCAGUGUUGAUCUUUCGUGGCAUGUAGUUAUUUUUCACAGUGAUCCUCAAUCUGUAGAGCAAGGCACAAAGUUCAGUCAUGUUGUUAGUAGCUUUUGGAACAACCUUUCAUGAAUCCAAGAACCCAGUAUCUGCUGCUAUCGAUAAAAUCCCUCCCAUACCUCCAACUUCUAGAUUACCUAAUGAAGAACCGUCCAUGUUAAGCUUAUAGUGGUUCCUUCUACCUUUUUCCCAACUAACCGCAAUGGGCAUAUCACUAGUCUGGCUAUUUGUUCACAAAUGGAAUUCCAUAGCCCUUGGGCUGACAUUUUUAUAAGGGAAAAUGAUUUUUAUUAUUUAUGAAAACUAUUGUGGGACUACACUGGGUUUGUUGUUGUUGUGGUAUUGUCAUUUCCAGUGAGCCAAAUGUUCCAAAGACAAAAAGGUAACAGGUCUUUCCAGGUUAUGAACCCAUUAACAGUCCUGCUGCUAUUAAUGAUAUUCCAAGUGAACCCGAGAGGCCUGGUCUUUGAAGCAAUGAUCAUGGGAGGCGUAUAUGUUAAUGCUACUAGCAUCCGUAUCAUUCCAGAAGGAGACUGUGUUAGUGCAGCAGUCAAAGAAAAUGUGUCUUCCCUGUGUUUCUGCAUUACUGGUCAAUGGUUUUUAAGUAAAUUGAUGUUUCCUUUUUCUGUCUACUAGUUCACAAGUUCCAGAUAAUUUUAUGUGCAUGGUAGCUUGAAGGUCAUUAAUCCCCAGUUAUAGCAGUAAACAGGUCCGUUAGCGUACAAGCAUUAACCAAAUGAUCUAAGUUAGUCUUGAAAGGCGAGUUUUAGAGAGAAGGUGGUAACUGUUAGAGACUAGAACUUGUAUUUAGAAUGUGGACCAAGUUGAUUUUAAGAAACUUUAUUGUGCAAUCAGCAGAAAAUACUCCCUCUGUUCCUUUUUAUAUGUCAUCCCUUUCUAUAAAUA